UCUAGUCCCAUCUUCCCUUCCCCAAACCCUCCAAAACCAGAAAAAGGCGAAAUUUCCGAAAGUACCCUUCCCAUGUCUCUCUCAUCCUCUUUCCGCCUCUUCUCCCCCAAAAUUCCCCUCUCCUUCCCUACCCCAAAACCAAUUUCCAAAACUACCCCUCUACUUUUCUCCCAUUACCCACCAGCCACCCAAAUCUCCCUUUCCAAAACCCACCUAAAAACCCACUUCUCCUCCUCCUCUCUCUCUGCUCAUCCUAACCAUUCAUCAGAAUCAUCAUCGGAAGAUCUCAUCCCUCCAUCCCUCCAAUCCAUCAUCAACCUCUUCCAGUCUGUACAAGACCCACGAGCCAAAUACGAGCAGCUCCUCUACUACGGCCGCACACUCCCUCCCCUCGAACCCCAAUUCAAGACCGUUGAUAACAAGGUCCAGGGAUGCGUGUCCCAGGUCUGGGUCCAUGCCUACCUCGACCCUGAUCGGAACAUCAGGUUCGAGGCCGAUUCCGAUUCUGUCAUCACUAAGGGCCUCGCCGCCCUCCUUGUGCAAGGCCUGUCGGGGCGGCCUGCUCCCGAGAUCAUACGCGUGCCGCCGGAUUUCAUCCAGAUGCUGGGACUGAGGCAGAGCCUGACGCCGUCGAGGAAUAACGGGUUCCUUAAUAUGUUGAGGCUGAUGCAGCGGAAGGCGCUGGAAUUGUAUGUAGAAGCUGGAGGGGAUGGCAAAUCGGUAAAUAACGGUGUUUCAGGGGUCGUAGAUGGUGCUGCUGUGGAAGAGGAUCGGAAUUCAGUAAAUGAUGGUGUUUCUGUGGUUAGAGAUGAAAUUGAAUUGAGUUUUGAUAGUGGGGUCGAUUCGGGUUCGGAUGAUUCAGGUGGCAAGUCGAAUUCUGAGGUGGGUCUGGGGAGUAGAGGGGAGAGGAUUAGGGAGAGAUUGGAGAAGGAGCUCUGUCCUGUUGAAUUGGAAGUGGAAGACAUCUCGUAUCAGCAUGCGGGCCAUGUGGGUGCCAGAGGGAGCGAUGGAGAGACACAUUUCAAUGUGAAGAUCGUGUCAAAGGAGUUCGAAGGGAAGAGCUUGGUGAAGCGGCACCGGCUUGUGUAUGAUAUCUUGCAAGAGGAGUUAAAGAGUGGAUUGCACGCGCUCUCAAUCGUGGCCAAGACACCCUCGGAAGUCAGCGCGAGUUGAUGAAUGGAGAAAAGAGAGGUAAUCUUGUGGAAUCUGAACAAUUGAAGAAGUAUAUUUCUAAGAAAGAUCUAAGAAUCGGAUACAGCAAGCAUGGGAACCAAGCAAUCUAAAACAGUGCGAAGGGUGCAACCUUCAUUGCCAUUUCUUACUCCCUAUGCCCGUCUCUCUCCGUCUUCAUCCUCUUCAGUAAACCAAUCUAUACUUGAUAAGAUCGAUGAUGAUCUUGAUGGAAACUAUUACUCACCAAUGGCCAAAGGAAAGUUAAUGGAAGAACAGGGAACUGCAAUCGAAACACUUCGGAAAAGGAACGCUGACCUUGAGAGAGAAGUGGAUGAACUGAGGAGAAGGAUUGACGGACUAGAAUCCACGCCUCCGAAAGUCUCAUUGAUGGAAGAACAUGCAAAUGCAAUUGAGAAAGUACAGAAAAGAAAUGCUGCACUUGAGAGACAAGUUGAUGAACUGAGGAGAAAGGUUGCUACAAAUGAAUCGAUUCCUUCAAAAGGCCCAAUUGAACAAGGAACUGACCUUGAAACGGUUCAUGAACAAAUUGCAAACAUACUCCACACCGUCAAUGGACUGAAAUCAGCCGUCCAAAAUCUAGAACUCAUGUCCCUCAAUGACUCACGUAUACAGCAAGGGCCUGAGAUUCAAGACGAGGAGUCGAACUUAUCAUACGUGGAUGACCUGAGAGGCGGCCUUGUUAUUCUGAUCUUCUUAAUUUCAAUACUUAUUGGACUUCUCUUGUAAAAGAGGAAGGGGGAUUGGCACAUGUUCGAUCAUUGCACAUGUAUGAAAGAUUCUGAACGCCGUGUCUCACCAGGUGUAAAAAUCAAGUUAGGUACACCAUGAAUGAUUUGAUCAUAUAUUUCAUAA